AUGUCGGUCUCCGCAAGCGACCUCCAAGCCUUGGAGGUAUCCAAAUACCUCGCAGGUGUUGGAGUCACGCUUGUCCUCUACGACCACCUACUGAACUUGCCGCGGGAGAUCCAGUAUGUAUGGCAAGAGCCGCCUCUCUUCUUGGCGAUAUGUGUGCUCGCCGAUGUCUAUCUGAGGGAGGCAGGCCUCAUUUACUUCGCCGUCGUACUGAGUGGUAUCGCACCUAUGGAUCGGAAUAUCGCCUUGACUUCGCUUAUGGGCGCCCUCGGCGACAGGUGUGCUUCAUUCACCAUAUUCGCCGUCGUAUAUGGUCUUUUCAGUAAUGCCUCAGUUCAUUCUUACAUCCUCUUUCGAUUGUAUCGAAUAUGGGACGACCGAAAAUUCGUGAAAUACGUCCUCGGAGUAGCUUUCUUCAUAUGCAUGGCUGGAACCAUCGUAUCCGACGGCUAUGUUCUGAAGCAGCUUACUGCGGAGGUGCAGUACGUGCAUUUCGAUUCCGUUUAUCCGGCCGCGACAUGUGUCUUCCCGAAGAAAUCUUGGUAUCUUAUUGGAUCGUGGGCCGGGAUGGUCGCGUUCGAUUUGUUCGCAUUGUCCAUGGUGCUUCUGAGUUCUCUGAUGACCCCACGGAGACCGAACACUGCCAUCGUUGGUGUCCUAUACAAGCAAGGCUUCUACACAUUUCUUGUGCGCAUUUCUACUACUACGGCUGUCAAGGUUGCUGCCAACAAUCUUUGGUUCGGCGGCGUAUACUUUGCUCAUGCCACCGUAAGCAGUGCCAUCUAUUCCGGUGCUAUCUCUACCAUGUAUAUAACUUCAUCACCCAGGAUAACUUGGGCGUUGGACGGCAUCCUCAGCUUUCGACUGUUCCUCAAGAUCAAGCAAGUCGAGAACAGUUCAAGACGACACUGGUCCAAGUACGAUGCGGGUUCGCGGAAUCGUAGUCACUUGCACAUCGGGCCUCAGCUCCCAACUAUCCUGGUUUUUGAGGAGAUCGAAAUGGACCUGAAGUAG